CCGCGCGGGGUCGUGCUUAAUAUUCAAUGAUCUCGCUCGCGCCUCCCCCUCCUCUUCCCGCAGAAAUUCCACCGAGUCCGUUACUGGGCUCAGACUUUUAAGUUAAUUUACUGCCCCCCUACCUUGGCCAGUAACCAGCGCCUGUAGGGCUAGCCUCCCCCCCAGCUCCUGUCUGAAAAAUGACAUUUCGCCGGUGUCUCCGGAGGGGGCUGAAUUUCACUUUGUAACUUUCUGCGGAACCCGAGCCCGGGUGGCAGCUCGGGUGGUGGUAUCGUAUGCAAAUACGCAUGCUGACGUUACAGAUCAUGUGGGUUUUGGCGUAGAUUCCCCACUGAUCGAGGCAUUUUUUUCCUUUUUUUUUUUUUUCCUUUUUUUUCUUUUAAAAAUUUUGGCCACCGUUCUCCGUACGGGGGCUUUUUCUGUCUGUCUGUCUGGCAGGCUGGCUUUCCCCCUCUUUCCCACGGAGCCCGAGCCGGGCGCCCGGUGGGGAGUGGGGAGUGGGUGGGGGGAGCCAGCAGAGUUCCAUUUUGGAACGCCCGUGCCGCGUCUCCGCGUUCCCAGCCCGGGUCCCCGCGUUCCCAGCCCCGGCGCAGGUCUGGACAUACCGACUGCUCUUGGAGUAAAAAGAUUCCCAGGAUGUGAGCAACACGGGACCGGGAUCAAGCAGCAGGCGUGGAGCCAGGAUUAUCUGGAUUCUACCCUCUUCAGCAAGCCAUUGAACCUCUCUGAGCCUCUGUUUCCUCAUCUGUAAAAUGGAGAUCACAGCCAUCGGUUGGUGUUCUGGGAAUAGUAGAGAUUAUGCAUGUAAGCCAGAUAUGAUGCUUCCUGGUGUGUUUAGUGGUUGGUGCCAUUGCAAUUUUCUGUGCUGAAAUCAUUCUGAAAACUCAAACAGUAGACUUCAGCAUACAAGGAAAGCCAAAGCCAUUUGAGGGAGAAUAAAGCCAAAAGCCCUUCACCUUAUUCGUUCCAAGAAUAUCACCAUCCCCUCCCUACCCCCCUCCAAAACUAAGCCAUUGCACACAGACAGGCAGCAUGGCUAGCAAACGAAAAUCUACAACUCCGUGCAUGGUUCGGACAUCACAAGUAGUAGAACAAGAUGUGCCCGAGGAGGUAGACGGGGCCAAAGAGAAGGGAAUCGGCACACCACAGCCUGACAUGGCCAAGGACAGUUGGGCAGCAGAACUUGAAAACUCUUCCAAAGAAAAUGAAGUGAUAGAGGUGAAAUCUACGGGAGAAAGCCAGUCCAAAAAACUCCAAGGUGGUUAUGAGUGCAAAUACUGCCCCUACUCCACGCAAAACCUGAACGAGUUCACGGAGCACGUCGACAUGCAGCAUCCCAACGUGAUUCUCAACCCCCUUUACGUGUGUGCAGAAUGUAACUUCACAACCAAAAAGUACGACUCCCUGUCCGACCACAACUCCAAGUUCCAUCCCGGGGAGGCCAACUUCAAGCUGAAGUUAAUUAAGCGCAAUAAUCAAACUGUCUUGGAACAGUCCAUCGAAGCCGCCAACCAUGUCGUGUCCAUCACCACCAGCGGCCCUGGAACUGGUGACAGUGAUUCUGGGAUCUCGGUGAGUAAAACCCCCAUCAUGAAGCCCGGAAAACCAAAAGCGGAUGCCAAGAAGGUGCUCAAGAAGCCCGAGGAGAUCACCCCCGAGAACCACGUGGAAGGGACCGCCCGCCUGGUGACAGACACAGCUGAGAUCCUCUCGAGACUCGGAGGUGUGGAGCUCCUCCAAGACACAUUAGGACACGUCAUGCCUUCUGUACAGCUGCCACCAAAUAUCAACCUUGUGCCCAAGGUCCCCGUCCCACUAAAUACUACCAAAUACAACUCUGCCCUGGAUACAAAUGCCACGAUGAUCAACUCUUUCAACAAGUUUCCUUACCCGACCCAGGCUGAGUUGUCCUGGCUGACGGCUGCCUCCAAACACCCAGAGGAGCACAUCAGAAUCUGGUUUGCCACCCAGCGCUUAAAGCACGGCAUCAGCUGGUCCCCAGAAGAGGUGGAGGAGGCCCGGAAGAAGAUGUUCAAUGGCACCAUCCAGUCAGUACCCCCAACCAUCACUGUGCUGCCUGCCCAGUUGGCCCCCACAAAGGUGACGCAGCCCAUCCUCCAGACGGCUCUACCGUGCCAGAUCCUGGGCCAGACUAGCCUGGUGCUGACUCAGGUGACCAGCGGGUCAACAACCGUCUCUUGCUCCCCCAUCACGCUUGCCGUGGCAGGAGUCACCAACCACGGCCAGAAGAGACCUUUGGUGACUCCCCAAGCUGCCCCUGAGCCCAAGCGUCCACACAUCGCUCAGGUGCCAGAGCCCCCACCCAAGGCGGCCAACCCCCCGCCCACGCCAGCCAGUGACCGCAAGAAGACAAAGGAGCAGAUAGCACAUCUCAAGGCCAGCUUUCUCCAGAGCCAGUUCCCUGACGAUGCUGAGGUUUACCGGCUUAUCGAGGUGACUGGCCUUGCCAGGAGCGAGAUCAAGAAAUGGUUCAGUGACCACCGGUAUCGGUGUCAAAGGGGCAUCGUCCACAUCACCAGCGAAUCCCUUGCCAAAGACCAGUUGGCCAUCGCGGCCUCCCGACACGGUCGCACCUACCAUGCAUACCCAGACUUUGCCCCCCAGAAGUUCAAAGAGAAAACACAGGGUCAGGUGAAAAUCUUGGAAGACAGCUUUUUGAAAAGUUCUUUUCCUACCCAAGCAGAACUGGAUCGGCUAAGGGUGGAGACCAAGCUGAGCAGGAGAGAGAUCGACUCCUGGUUCUCGGAGAGGCGGAAGCUUCGAGACAGCAUGGAACAAGCUGUCUUGGAUUCCAUGGGGUCUGGCAAAAAGGGCCAAGAUGUGGGAGCCCCCAACGGUGCUCUGUCUCGACUCGACCAGCUCUCUGGUGCCCAGUUAACCAGUUCUCUGCCCAGCCCUUCGCCAGCAAUUGCAAAAAGUCAAGAACAGGUUCAUCUCCUGAGGAGCACGUUUGCAAGAACCCAGUGGCCUACUCCCCAGGAGUACGACCAGUUAGCGGCCAAGACGGGCCUGGUCCGAACUGAGAUAGUGCGUUGGUUCAAGGAGAACAGAUGCUUGCUGAAAACAGGAACCGUGAAGUGGAUGGAGCAGUACCAGCACCAGCCCGUGGCAGAUGAUCACGGCUACGAUGCCGUAGCAAGGAAAGCGACAAAACCCAUUGCCGAGAGCCCAAAGAACGGGGGUGACGUGGUUCCACAAUAUUACAAGGACCCCAAAAAACUCUGCGAGGAGGACUUGGAGAAGUUGGUACCCAGGGUAAAAGUAGGCAGCGAACCAGCAAAAGACUGUUUGCCAGCAAAGCCCUCAGAGGCCACCUCAGACCGCUCAGAGGGCAGCAGCCGGGACGGCCAGGGCAGCGACGAGAACGAGGAGUCGAGCGUUGUGGAUUACGUGGAGGUGACGGUCGGGGAGGAGGAUGCCAUCUCAGAUAGAUCAGAUAGCUGGAGUCAGGCUGCAGCAGAAGGCGCAGUGGAACUGGCCGAAUCGGACUCCGACUGCGUCCCUGCAGAGGCUGGCCAGGCCUAGACAGGGAAGUCAGUUAGAACUGCUGUGCUGAUCAAGGGGAUGCUCUGUCUUUGAAGAAAGAAGAAAUGGUCCCUCCCCAGCCGUGGGCCACCCUCGCCAGUGACUCCAAGUGGAACUGCUUAGCUCGUGUGUGCCUGGAGGGUGCAGAAGCCCAGCGACUCUCAGACGCACCUCCCAGAGGACCGGUGGGAAUUGUUCAUAGUGCCAAAGUCCUACUACUGCGUUUUCAGUGGGUCCUUGUACAUAGUUUGCUCCUCUGCCCUAGCCCUCACCUCUUGCUAUACUGGAACUGAUUUGUACAAUAUGGGAAUUUUGUUACCUUUUUAAUCAAGGGCAACUUCCUUUUCCAGCACUACCAUUGUAAGGAUUUUUUCAGGAGGGAGGGCUAACCACCUUGCUUUUCUCUUUUCUCCUUUUCUUUUUUUAUUUUUGUUUUAUUAAUUUGGGGAAAGGGGUGUUAGUAUUAGUGCCAUGAUAUCUACUGGAUUUUAAGUAGGGAGACUUUAUUUUUAAAGGUAGGUUGAAAUUUGGGAGAUUUCUCGGCAGGAAGGGCUGAAAUCCAGGCCUCUGUCUCAACCUGGAGAGAGGUGACAGACGACAGAUCCUCCAAAUCAAAUUCCUUUCCAGUUCUUCCCCUGGCUGCCUUUUUGGGGGGUCCCUGCCUUAGUCCCACAGAAGGCUUUAUGAACUGCCAAGAGGGGAUCUGGCUUCUCAAAUUCUUGGCCUCUUGGGCCAGGCUGUGUCCAGCCAGCCCUGGGAGAACUGAGUAGCAGGUGGCUGACUUCUUUAAGCACCUUUCUAAAUACCAGCAGAAGAGGCUGCUGCUCUGUUAGCAUGAUCAGUACUAUUGUGACAUUAAAACAACAACAAUAAGAUCUUCCUAUCUGGAGGGUACAAAGGUGAAUGGCUUUGGUUUUCAUUUCUCUUCUUCACUGCCUUUUCUCGGUGUGGUAUUUGACAAGAUUUCAGCUCAAAGCCUCACCAUAAAUUGAUUUUUUUUUGUUUGUGUGUGUGUUUGUUUUGGGAAAAUUUUAGAUACCUGAGUGCACUUUUUUUCAGUUAGUCCUAACUUUUAAAAGAAGGAAAACCAAGAGACAUAUCUGGUGUACAUGUUGCAAUAUGAAUUCUGGUUGCAAUCCCUCCCCCGUCCCACACUGCCCCCCAUUUGGGUACACCGCACAAGUCAAAUGCUAGGAAGUUUGAAUAAAACCAAUUUUUCUAACUUGUUGCUCAUUUGUUGUAACUCAAUAAAGCAAAGACUAAACAUUUUUAUAACC